UUGAAUUGAUUGUUCAAAGAAAAUUUAUGUACAAUAUGCAAUAGUUUGUUAAGAGAAUUCAUACAAAUAACAUUAAAAAUAUUUAAUAAUUAAUUGUAUAAGUAUUGUUAAAGUUGUGGCGGCAAAAACCCACAACUGCUUUAUUAAGAUGGCCGACUUAGACUCCAAGGUGGCAGAAUGGCUCAAAUGGGACAGAAAUGAAAAAACUUCGGCGGCGCUACAAGCGCUAUUGGCCCAAAAAAAAUUCGACGAAGUCGAAAAAAUUCUUUGCAACAGAAUAUCGUUCGGAACUGCCGGUUUGCGAGGGAAGAUGGCCGUCGGUUAUGCGAAUAUGAACGAUUUGGUCAUCAUUCAAACGGCGCAGGGAUUUUUGAAAUAUUUAGUUCGAACUGAUGAAAAUUUGUUGAAGAAGAAUGGUAUUGUUGUUGGGUAUGAUCACCGGCAUAAUAGCAAAAGGUGGGCUGAACUCACAGCAACAAUUUUUAUCAACGCUGGAUAUCCAGUAAUAUUAUUUGGCGAUGUAGUACCCACACCAUUUGUUCCUUUUACAAUAUUGCAAUAUGGCUGCGCUAGUGGUAUUGUAGUUACCGCAUCUCAUAAUCCGAAAGAUGAUAAUGGAUAUAAAGUAUAUGGUCCAAACGGAGCCCAAAUUUGCUCACCCGUAGACAAAUAUGUCCAGAAAUCGAUUCUAGAAAAUUUAAAACCCCUCGACAGUUCGUGGGACACUUCAAUACUAGUAAACAAUCCUCUUCUCUCCAAUCCAUUGGAAGAUAUUAUUUCCCGCUAUUUAAAUUAUAUAAACGACGAAAUAUCACCGCAAAGUAAAGAAUUGAAUAAAAAGGUCAAUGUUUUGUUCACCUACAGUGCUAUGCACGGCGUUGGUUAUAAAUAUGUGCAGAAGGUUUGCGAUUUGGUCAACGCAAGAAUUUUACCUGUUCCAGAACAGAGAGAUCCUCAUCCAGAUUUCCCUACUGUUGUAUUUCCAAACCCAGAAGAAGGGAAAAGCAGUUUGGAAUUGUCUUUCAAAUGUGCAGAUAAAAAUAACUGUAAUUUAAUAAUAGCAAAUGAUCCUGAUGCAGAUCGAUUUGCAAUGGCAGAAAAACAUCCAGAGACCAAUAAAUGGAAAAUAUUCACAGGAAAUGAACUUGGAGCAUUAUUUGCUUGGUGGAUGUUACAUUCUUUCAAGCAAAAUCAUCCAGAUAUACCUCUCAAUAAAGUCUACAUGAUUUCCAGCACUGUCAGUUCAAUGAUAUGCAAGUCUAUGAGUAAAAUAGAAGGAUUCAACUAUAUAGACACUCUUACAGGAUUCAAAUGGAUUGCAAACAAAGCAUUGGAACUAGAAAAAAACGGAAACAAAGUGAUUUUCAGUUUCGAAGAAGCCAUUGGAUUCAUGUGUUCGACCCAAGUAUUAGACAAAGACGGAAUAUCUGCCUUGGCGCAAAUGGUCACUAUGGCUUCUUUCGUUUACAAUAAUGGUAAAACAAUGGAUGAACAACUGGAAGAAAUUUAUACGAAAUAUGGAUAUCACGUGACUUUGAAUUCGUAUUAUAUUUGCCACGAACCGUUGGUUAUUAAGAGGAUUUUUGAGAGGAUAAGGAAUAUUCGUGGAGAAAACAUUUAUCCUGAAUCAAUUUUAAAUGGCAAAUACAAAAUAAUAAACGUGAGAGAUUUGACCACAGGUUACGAUGACAACCAAUCAGAUAAAAAGGCUGUUUUACCAGUAUCAUCUAGUAGUGAAAUGGUAACGUUUAAUUUUGAAAAUGGAUUCGUUUGUACAUUGAGAACCAGCGGAACAGAACCUAAGAUAAAGUAUUAUACUGAAAUGUGUGCCGCACCAGGAAAGGAUAAAGGCGGUUUGACCAAAACAAUCGAAGAAAUGGUUCAUGGUAUCUGUGAAGAAUUGUUCGAGCCCAAGAAAAAUAACCUGAAACCUCAAGCUACUGAUUAAAAUAUAGUAGAAUAUAAAAUGUUUUUUAUUUUUAUUAAGUUUUAUACUUUAUAUUUAUUAAUUGAUGUUAAAAUUACUGCGAUAAAUUAAACAAG